UGGUUGCUAUGGCGUUUCAUCCAGGAUACACUUGCAUCACUGCCAGUCCCAUCUCUCACAAGAGAGAGAAGAAACCUUUAGCUUGUCUUAUUUCUCCUCCUCCCCUCCUCUGUGGUCUCUCCCAGCCAUCUAUUCCUGCAUCCCUCCCUAAGUGGAUUUUCACAUUUAGAACAUUAAUGAGGGUGUUGGGAUUAAGGAGCCUUGGCAUGAGAUGGAUAGCAGCACAAUGACCAAAGCGAUGCAAGAGCAAUACCAGCAGAUGAGCAGCUAGUGGACCCAGUGACGUUUGUGUUACCAAUAACAGAAGAAUAAAGGAGGAAAGAGUAUAUUGUGCAAUUACCUGGAGAGAGAGAGAGAGAGAGAGAGACUAGGUGUUUUGUGAAACUCAGUAAUCUCGGCACUUCCACUGCUUUUAAUAAAAUCAGUGAUCAACCAUGACAGAUAAAUGUGGGUGGGAGGGGAGCCUCUGCUGACUGUUCACGAUUUUAUGAAAGUCAAGACGGGGGUGGGGAUGUUUAGAAACCUCCAACUCCAUAUGGGUGAGUAAGCAUGCUGACACAGAUUUGGGACCACUGCUGAAACUCUGAUUCGGAGUGAGUUUCUGUUACAGGUGAUUGCAGAGGAAGAUGGAGGUUUGGAUGCUACUUUUUACUUGCUGUAUGCACCUACAAAUGAUGUGUGGCUUUGCUAUCUUCCAGCACCAAAAGCUGGCUACCAAAAAGGAGCCACUGAAAGCCAAAGAAGAGACUGCCUUGACUAGUGAUUCAGUGCUGAUGUCGGGGUCAGAAAGGGCAGAGCAGGAAAGUCACAACUUGGCACUUAUCUUCCUGCAGUCAGGAGACUCAAUGAGGCUGUCUCAGGGAAACUGUUCUGGUAAAUUCCAGCUGCGGGGUCUAGGAGGUAGCACCAUCCCAGCUUCUCUCUUUGCCUUCACCCAUAGUGCAAUUGAUACCUUGACACAUGCAACCAACUUCCUUAACCUGAUCUUCCAGACCAAUGACAUAAGGGAAUCUAGUAUUAAAGAGGACAUUGAUUGGUAUCAUGCUUUGGUUAGAAGCCUUAUAGAAGGGGAUCCCCAAAUCUGCAAAGCAGUCUUAGCUUUUGACACCCAUCCUGUGUCGUCAAAGCCUCAGCUGAUGCUCCAGGCAACCCGGGAGGAAAAUGAGAUCCUUCUCCGAGACAUCUCUGCUAUCUCCGAACACCUGCAGAACCUGACUUUUGAGACAGAGUGGUUCAAUUCUUUUAAAUUCCAAGGAUCUCUCCAUCUUCACAAGAGGAUCCUGAACAAUGAUCUUACCACUCUAGAUACCCCUAAAUGGAACCGAGGGGACAGUUAUAUAAUGGAUAAAAAACAGAUAAAGUGGUCUCCUCCUUUCUUGGAAUGUGAAAAUAGCAAGUUUGUCCCAAGAUGGAUGGUGACCUUGUCUUCUCCCUUCUAUGGACUCAAACCUGACCUCAGCCCUGAAUUUAAGGGUGUUGUCCGGAUUGAUGUCAGCCUGCAGAGUUUUCCUAUUGAUCAGUGCUCUGGUGGUGAAGAAUGGUUCGCCAAUACACAUCAGUGUGAUCUGAACAGUACACAGUGUGUUCCACAAAAAAGUCAUGGAUUUAGACUGGGAGGCUAUGACUGCAUCUGCAAGCCAGGCUUCUACACUUCUAGUGUGGUGUCCACCAAUGGUAUUCGAGAGUCAGAAGAAGACAAUGCAAGGGAUUCAGGAUUUAACAGAGCAGAAGAAGCAGGAAAAGUCUACCAGUGCAACCGAUGUGCUGAGGGCUGUACGGUGUGCGUUGACAACACUCCUUGCUUGGUACGAGAGGACUGGUACCUGCGAGCAGCGGUGCUCUCCUUCCAGGCUUUCUGCAUGCUGCUGGUCUUCAUUAGCAUGAUACUAUGCUACCACUUUCGCAAGAGCAAGAGAAUUCGUUCCUCGGGAUUGGUGCUUCUGGAAACCAUACUGUUUGGCUCAUUGCUUCUGUAUUUCCCGGUAUUUAUUCUGUAUUUCAAGCCAAGUGUUUUCCGUUGCAUUCUUCUGCGCUGGGUUCGUACACUAGGAUUUGCCAUUGUAUACGGGACGAUCAUUCUUAAACUGUACAGGGUACUGAAGGUUUUCCUGUCUCGCACUGCCCAGCGAGUGCCCUACAUGACCAGUGGGCGUGUACUAAGGAUGCUAGCGGUAAUCUUGUUGAUUGUGGCCUGGUUUCUGGCAGCAUGGACAGCUGGGGUGCUGGAAAACGUGGACAGGAACAUUCCACUGGUCAUACAGUCCCAGGUACCAGGCGGCCUCAAAUUCUACAUCUGUGAACUGGACCGGUGGGACUACAUGAUGGCCAUUGCGGAGUUGUUGUUUUUGUUCUGGGGAACCUUCCUAUGUUAUGCCGUGAGGACAGUGCCUUCCACGUUCCACGAACCUCGCUACAUGGGCUUUGCACUGCACAAUGAAAUGAUUCUGUCUGUUGCCUUUCACAUUGUCAGGUUUGUCAUGGCUCCAGCCCUCCACCCUGAUUGGAUGUUGCUACUAUUUUUUGCUCACACACAUGUCACUGUCACAGUAACACUGGGCUUGCUGUUUGUCCCAAAGUUUCUGCAUGUUGGUGUUCCUUUGAGGGAGGAGAUCGCUGCUGAGGUUUAUGAAGAUGAACUGGACAUGCGGAGGUCGGGCUCCUAUCUGAACAGCAGUAUCACAUCUGCCUGGAGUGAGCACAGUCUUGACCCAGAUGAUAUCAGGGAAGAGCUGAAGAAACUGUAUGCCCAGCUUGAAGUCCACAAAACUAAGAAGAUGACAGCUAACAACCCCCAUCUGCAGAAAAAGAGGAGUUCUAGGAAAGGCUUAGGACGCUCAAUCAUGAGACGUAUCACAGAGAUUCCCGAGUCUAUGAGCCGUCAGUGCAGCAGGGAUGAGAGGGAUGGUUCCAUUGGUGGAGGGAGCCACUCGGGCUCCUACAAGAAAAAGCUCAUUGAUAACACAAGUUCAAGCAUGAAAGUAAAAGAUGACUCUCUGAAACACAAAGUGUUCUCGCUAAGGAAGUCCCACAGUACAUAUGACCACGUACGGGAUGAGGGGGAGUGUACACCACAAAAAUUUGAAGCCACAAGCAAAGACACAUCCCUACUAGAUUCUUUAAUGAGGAAGAAGUUAGCCAAAAAAGCCUCAGAGAAAUCAGACAGUGAUUCACUUGAUGCAGCUCCUCUGGUAUGCAAGUCUGCCAGUGCACACAAUUUAACAUCCGACAAAAAGCCACUUCAUCCAAGACCGUUCAACUUACAAAAGUCUCUCAGCGUCAUAGCAAGUGCAAAGGAGAAGGCGCUCUUGCUGACAUCAAAGGCAUAUAGCCUAGAAGAUAACUGUAAACUAACAAAAGAUGACAGUAACAAAGUAUCAACUGGACCGCCACCCAGUGAAGUGCAGUCCUUGGUAAACUUACAAAGUUCUGAAGAUAGUGAUAAAGGGUCUACAACUCCUCUGCAGCAGCAGACACUAGGGGAAAUUCUACAAGGGCAAACAAGUUCACUUCUUAAAGAAAGCUUUGAUGUAGCAGAAGUGUGCCCUUGGGAAAUGCAGGAUAUGCCACCACCAAGUGAUAACAAAAUUCAAAAACAUGUCACCUAUGCACCACUGAAAUGUAACAGUGUGGACAGUUCUCAUUGGACAGGAAAGCUUCAUGAUGCCAGCAAGAAGAAGAUGCCAGAGCAUGCAGCGAAACACCAAAGCUCAAAUCAGAACAAUGUAGCCCGAAGUGAUGUAUGCCCUUGGGAAACUCAAGAGGAGUUACCCAAACAAUCUCAAACUGGACCAUGUACAGACGAUACAGCUUCCAGGGCCCAUAUAGAAUGUGAGAAAGAAAAGUCAGAAGAGUCAACUAAGUUAGAUAAAUUGCACCACAGGGAUAGCAGCGGGAUUCCUGGCAAAACUGAGAAAUCUCCUGAGUCAGACUUACCAAGUAAAUCACUUGAUAAUGCAAAAGGACAUUCUCUGGCUUCUCUGAAAGGCAGCUCCUUCACAGAAUCAAGCAUAAGUGCAGAAGUCUGUCCAUGGGAUCACGUCAGUACAGAUAAUGUUGACACUGAUAAAAAGGAAAAGCACAUUGACAAAAGGUCUCAGUCCGUGUCUUCAGAAGGACCUCAUUUGUCUGGAAGUUCAUCUCUCAAAGUAAAAAGUUCAAGAAGCCCCUUUCACAGAAGUUCAGGUAAGGGCUUUGGAUUGUCCAUGAAAAAUCUAAUGACACCAGGAAAAAGUAAGAACUCUGUGAAAGAGAAAGAUAGAACCCAUAGUGGCAAGACAAAAGAAAGAAAUCAUAGCCAAAAAGAAUUAGGCAAAGAAGAGGGAAGUAAAACUCUGAAAGAGAGUUCCAGUACAUCAGAAAGUAAUUAUCUGGGGGAAAAAAUGCCUUUCCGUAACACAACAAAACAGGAUGGCAAAUCCAGUGAGAAUAAAGAAAAAGCAGUAACCUCCCAAAACAAACUAGCUGAAGUAUGCCCUUGGGAUGUUGAUGAACAUAUCCUCAGCCAGUCUAACAACAACAGUAAAAUGGUGGAUCUUUCUGAAAUUAAACCAGGAAAAAAUAAAGUUUCUGAUGCCAACUUAGCAGAAAUUUGCCCUUGGGAUGUUGAAGAUGGCACUUCCACAAAUGAGGCAACAAACAUGAAAUCAGUACAUCCACAGAAUGGUGAGGCUCUAAAACUUGUGGCAAGGGAAUUGUCAAAAACUGACAGUCAGAUUAGUGAAAUAUGCCCAUGGGAUGCUGACAUAGAUAAGGUAACACCACAACAAACAGAUAUACCAGUUAGUAAAAAGGCUGAAAUAUGCCCAUGGGAAACUGAUGGAGAUAAGGUAAUACCAAAACAAAUAGAUAUGUCAGUCAGUAAAAAAGCUGAAAUAUGCCCAUGGGAUGCUGACAUAGAUAAGGUAACACAAAAACAAACAGAUAUGCCAGUUAGCAAAAAGGCUGAAAUAUGCCCAUGGGAAACUGAUGUAGAUAAGGUAACACCAAAACAAACAGUCAUGCCAGUCACUAAUAUGACUGAAAUAUGUCCAUGGGACACUGACAUAGAUAAGGUAUCACCCAAACAAACCAGUAUGACAGUAACUAAAAAAGCUGAAAUAUGCCCAUGGGAAGCUGAAAUAGAUCAGGUUACACCAAAGGAAAGAGAUAAGCUAGACAGUAAAAAAGCUGAAAUAUGCCCAUGGGAAGCUGAAAUAGAUCAGGUUACACCAAAGGAAACAAAUAAGCCAGUCAGUAAAAAGGCUGAAAUUUGCCCAAGUGGGGCAGAUGAAAUACAAGCAAGAUGUUUAGGCAGUAGCAAAGCAGAUGAAGUGUGCCCAUGGGGCGUGGAGGAUGGGAAUCAGAACAAAACUGGGGCUACUAAAAAGGAAGCAGAUGCCUUACAAAGAAAAAUGGAAAAGUCUUCCAGCAAACAGAGCUCAGUAGGCAGUGAUGGAGAGCCAAAGUCCUCAGUGGGGAGGCUGAACAAAGUAAAUGACAAACUCAUUGAGGUGUGCCCUUGGGAAGGGGAGGAAACUGAUACUAUGAAAAGUAAACCAGUCACCUUUACUAAUAAGAAAACAAUGGAGGUUCAUCCUUGGGCAGCCAUGGAAACCAAAGCAGGUACAACAAGUAGUGAGGACAGCAUUAAGGCAGAAGUGUGCCCAUGGGAGGCUGAAGACUUAACUGUCAACAAAACUGCUGGAGCUGUAAGCCUAGGAGAUAAUGCGCAAGAAAAACUUGAGAAGCCAUGCAGCAAACAAGAAGUGUGCCCCUGGGAGUGUGAAGAACCUAAACUGAGCAAAAUUGCUGAAGUGUGUCCUUGGGAAGUCGAGCAAACUCAGGCUGUCUCAAGAAAGCAGGAGAAAAGCAGCCAAAAGGUAUCAGAUGUAUGUCCCUGGGAAACAGAAGAGCCAAAGUUAACAAAAGAAGACACUAGUCAGGCCAGUAAGUUGGCAGAUGUAUGUCCAUGGGAAGUACACGAUACAGCUCCCAGCAAUACUGAGAAAGUCAAGCAUGGGGAAAGUAUGGAGUACAGAGAGUGUCUUAAUCCUAAACAAGUUAAAAAUCCAGAUGUCUGUCCAUGGGAUUUUGAAUAAAACAAAGAUAAGAAAGGAACAGAUAGGGAAUCCUUACUUUAGAUGUGAUUAUGAACAGACCCUAAAGCUUGAGACACAGAGCUCACCACAGACUUGGCAACCUCUAUUCAGAUCUUGCAGCAGUUUCCUUAAACUGUUCUCUGUGUUGCUAACCUGUGGGUGCCAGAAGGAAUGCUAAAUAUGGAAUAUUAUGAAGCCAGCUUCAAGGAACGUAAAGAAACAGAAUCUGGCUGGUCAUUUUUAACCAAAACUCCAUAAAAUUUUCUACAAAGCUAUAUUUUUAAGUUAGACUAAAAUGAAAAUAUUGAGGUGAGAAUGGUGGGAAAUUAUUUGAAUGCAGACACAGUAAUAUUUAAAAGUCACCUACCAUAUCACCUGGUUGCAUGGGCUAUUAUGUAUCUUACGCCAUUGAAUACCAAGGAAACAUUCAAGAAAACUGUUUCUUAUGCAGUUUCAAAUUCUCUUGGAAUUAUUGAAAAAUAAAUUAUCACUUUUUAAUUUAAUGUAUCUACAGCUCAGAUUUAUAAAGCAUGUAUUCUUGUGAAAUCUGAUGAAAUAAUCUUGCAACAUUUC